AUGAACGAGUAUUUAAUCUGUUUCUUCUUGAUUGUGGGGCAUUUGGCUUCCAGGUUGAAUGGCCAACAACAGUAUUCUGGAAAUUCUGUUUUGAGCUGCAACAACACCGAUAAAAAAGGACCAUCUCCAGCAUUCUUAUAUUCCUGCAAUGGCGAAAAGCAUUUUUGCCCAGCAUUUCUGAUUUUCAGAUCUCAAUCAACUUAUAAUUCAGCCACCGCCAUCUCGAACCUCACAUCUUCCUCUGCAGUGGAACUUGCUCGUAUCAACAAUAUCUCGAUAUCUGGGGUCUUGCCUCAGAGCAGAGAGGUGAUUGUUCCCGUCAAUUGUUCGUGUUCAGGUCAGUACUACCAGGCUAACGCCUCUUAUCUUAUCCAGAGUGACUACGAUACCUACUAUACAAUAGCAAACAACACUUAUCAGGGGCUUUCGACUUGUGAUGCACUUAAACGGGAAAAUCCCUACGAUGCAUUGGACAUUGGACCUGGUAUGACUUUGCGGGUGCCACUUAGAUGCGCAUGCCCUUCAAAAAAUCAGACAAGAAAUGGCAUAAAAUUUUUGCUGACCUACUUGGUUACUUGGAAUGAUAACAUUGCUGAUCUUAGUUACAGGUUUAACGUGACUGCCAGAAGUUUAGCUGAUGCCAAUGGAUUUUCUGAAAAAGAUCCAGUUCUUUAUCCUUUUACAACUAUUCUGAUACCUCUGUCAGGUGAACCGUUUAGUUCCCAACCAACGGUUUAUUCUUCAGUGGAUGCGCCUUCUCCAUCCACUCCUCCUAGAAGGCGCAAGGAGUCCCAAAUAGGGAUUUAUAUUGGGAUAGCGGCUGGAAGCUCUUUUGGUAUUCUCUCUUGUGUCUUGUUUCUUAUCUUUUCCCAUUUCGUGCGAGGCAAAAUUAAUGAAGCUUCUUUGAAGAACAAAGACGGGAACAAGAUGCAGAAUUUACCUGCAAAUAUUCUGGAUAAAAUUGCUGAUUUUGAUCAGGAGCUGAAAAUUUAUGAAUUUGAAGAACUGGAGGCAGCAACUGGAAAUUUUUCCCCACAGAAGAAGCUGAGUGACUCUGUCUAUUGA